ACAUUGAAACAAAACUGUAAGCUGAGGGUAAAUAUUUUGUAAUGUGGUGUUGAAGUUAAUCAGUUAGUAUAAGAAUCUGUGUUUGAAUUUAUUAUAAAUUUUUGUACAAAUUAUUUUAAUGAUGCUUACUAGACAACUGAUAUUCCGUAGAAGCACUAAAUGUGUACCAGAGGCAUUAAAUAUUUGUCGCUUAUCACACAAACUUAGUCGGCACUUGCCGAUUUCAAAUGUGUUAAAACAACCGGUAAAACCUAUUGUUUACCGAAGUAUUCGUCAGGCUAGUACCAAUUCUGGUGUAAAGAAAACUCUUCCUCUUAUAAUAGGAAUUUCGACAGUAGGAGGAGCUAUUGUUGCUUAUAAUGUACUUCGGAAAAAGGAAUCGCCUGCCAAAGAAACGGAUGAAGAUGAAUUUGAAGAUAAGCCUUUCGUGCAAGAACAUUUACAAGAAGACUUAGCAUUACUUGAAGAAUUUGGACCCAUUCCGUACUUACUGAUAGGCGCUGGAAGUGCAUCUUAUGCAGCUUACAGAGCUAUACGUACCAAAGACCCUACAGCUAAAGUUUUGAUGAUCGGGGAUGAAGCAUUUCUUCCUUACAUGAGACCACCCUUAUCAAAAGAAAUGUGGUUUGCUAAGGAUCCCAAUGUUGCUGAAACAUUAAGUUUCACACAGUGGGAUGGAAAAUCUCGCAGCAUAUUCUACGAACAUCCUAGCUUUUAUUUUUCAAUGAAAGAACUGUUAGAUAACAAAAAUGGGGGCAUAUCUGUCAUAAGAGGAAAGAAAGUGGUAAAAAUAGAUCCAGCUGCUCAGGUAGUUUAUUUGGACAAAGGUGAAAAAAUUUCUUAUAAGAAAUGUUUAGUUGCAACCGGCGCAAAACCAAAAAAUCUACCAUUGUUUGAAAAUGCAGAUAAUUCUGUUAAAAAGCAUGUGACACUUUUUAGAACUAUUCGUGAUUUCCAGAAACUUGAGAAAAUUGUUAAAAAGAAUGAUUCUGUUGUCAUUGUUGGUGGAGGGUUUCUUGGAAGUGAAUUAGCCUGUGGAAUUGCUUACAAACGAGGACCUUCUGGAUUGAAAGUUACUCAGCUUUUUCCAGAGACUGGGAACUUGGGUAAAGUCCUUCCUGAAUACUUAAGCAUCUGGAUUUCCAAGAAAAUGGAAAAGGAAGGAGUAAAAAUCAUUCCUGAAGUUGAUGUGAAAGCAGUUUCAAUGAAAGGCAAGCAAGUGGAAUUAUUAUUAAGUAAUGACCAAGCUGUAACUGCUGAUCACAUCAUUGUGGCUGUAGGAGCUGAUCCAAACACUGAAUUUGCUAAAGCAUCAGGUCUUGAAGUUGAUCCAGUGCAUGGUGGAUUUGUAGUCAAUACUGAAAUGGAAGCACGGAAGAAUUUAUGGAUUGCUGGCGAUGUGUCAUGCUUUUAUGAUGUUAAUUUGGGAAGACGCCGAAUUGAGCAUCAUGAUCAUGCUGUUGUCAGUGGACGUCUUGCUGGAGAAAACAUGGCAGGAGAAUCUAAACCUUAUUGGCAUCAAUCUAUGUUUUGGUCUGAUCUAGGCCCAGAAAUUAGUUUUGAAGCUAUUGGUGUUGUUGAUUCUUCUCUUCCAACUGUUGGUGUAUUUACCAAACCAGAUGAAAAAGAGGAAUCCAAACUAAUUGUGGAUGGUUCAGAAAAGGCAGAUGAUUCAAAAACUGAGGAGAAAUCUGAAAUUAAAGCAGAUACUGCUCCUAGAGCUCCAAAUAUUUCUGACAAUUAUGGGAAAGGAAUAAUUUUCUAUUUAAGAGAGGAUACAAUUGUAGGUAUAGCUUUGUGGAAUGUGUUAGGUAAAAUGCAAAUUGCUCGUCAAAUCAUUAAUGAAUCCAAAUCGCAAGAUGAUAUUUCUGAAAUAGCAAAAUUGUUUGACUUGUAUACUACAGAAGAAAGCAGUGCUUGAAAAAUAGAUUUAACAAUAGAAAAUUAUGUAGAAAUUGUUAAUUAAUGGCACACAAAAUAAUUCUUUUCUGUUGUUAAUAAUGCAUUAAAUUCUAUAUGGAAUUAAAUGAGAUUGUGAUAAAAAUAUCCUUUAUAAGUUAGUUGAUAAAAAUCUAAUGAUUAUUAGUUUUAGUUUUUAAAAAACAUUUCCUGAUAAUCAGACUUUUAAAACAAAUUUUAAUGAUUGCAUCAAAACUACUAAUAAAUUCUAUUAGACCAUCAUACUAUGAUAUCAUCGCAGGAAAAAUGUAAGAUCAAAAAGCAUUAUUUUUAAUAAAAAAUUGCUCUGUAAAUUUAUUAUAAUACACCAUUUUUAUGGCAGUAUAUUAUAGUUUGACUGUGUUCUAUUUAGAAAAAACUAUAUAUACUAUUAUAAAAACUAUAUACAUACUUAUAUUUAUAAUUAUUGUUCUUCAGUUGUUUGUAUAAUUUAGUCCUAAUUAUAAUCGUGAUGCUAGAUGAUUUUCAACUUUAUAUAUAUAAUGCAGAAUUGUACA